GCCCACCUUCUGCCGCCGCCACCACUGCCACUUUCUCCUCUCUUUCCUCUACUGUCCUCGCCCUCUGUCGACUAUCAGGUGGGCCUUGACCCAGGAUGGCUGAGCCCCGCCAGGAGUUCACUGUGAUGGAAGAUUCUGAUCUCUCCUCCCAGGGGGGCUACACCCUCCUGCAAGACCACGACGGGGACGUGGACCACGGACUGAAAGAGUCUCCCCUGCAGACCCCCGCUGAUGAUGGAUCUGAGGAACCGGGCUCUGAAACCUCGGAUGCUAAGAGCACACCGACGGCCGAAGCCGAGGAAGCAGGCAUUGGAGACACGCCCAACCUGGAGGACCAAGCUGCUGGACACGUGACUCAAGAGGAGUUGAGAGUUCCAGGCCAGCCGGGAGAGGUACCUGAGAGGCCCCCAGCCAACGGGCUUGGCUCUCAGGAUCAGCCUGAACACGGCAGAGAAGCUUCUGGGGUCUCUGUGCUGCCUCUGGGGGAGAAACGGCCAGAGGCCCCCGCCCUGGUGGUCCCCUGCCCUUCCCAGCAUCGCCCCAUCUGCGAACCCUCUUCUCCCACAGGAGGCCCACAGGAGCCCCACCAGGAGUGGGGACCCAAACCAGGGGCUGGGGUCGAGGGGGGUCUGGCCUUUCCAAAGCCCACCUCCCCUGGAUGUCUCCAGAUGGAGUCUGGGGGCGUCAAGGCUGUCCAGGAGAGCCAUCCUGGGGAGCCAGGGCACCGUGGAGGUGAGGCCGCCGACCCAGGCACCCUGGGUCUGACAGGCCAACGUGUGUCCUACACACCUGGGGCUCUCAUCGAGCCUGACGGCCCCAGGAAGGCCACAUGCCAGCCUUUGGAGACAGAAGCUGAGGACGCAGAGGCCAGUCGCCAUGGCUUGGAGCCGCUGGAGCACCAGCUUGUGGGAGACCUGCACAAGGGGGGUCCCCCUCUGACGGGGGACCAUGGCAAAGAGAGGCAGAGGGGCAAGGACGUCGACGAAGACCGCGAUGUGGACGAGUCCUCGCCCCAGGACUCGCCUCCCUCCCAGGUGUCCCCAGGUCUUCAGAGCUCCCCCACCUGCGGCGGGCCACCCCCCCACCCCGCAGUUUCCAGAGGAGCCACUGGCUUCCCCAGUUUCCCAGCCGAGGGUGCCAUCCGCCUCCCUGUCGAUUUCCUCUCCAACGUCUCCACAGAGAUCAAGGCCUCAGAGCCCCACGGGCCCAGCGCAGGGCCCACGGUGGAAGGGCAGGACACGCCCCCCGAGUUCACCUUCCACGUGGAAAUCAAAGCCAACGUGCAGAAGGAACAGGGACAGGCAGAGCUGGAUUUGGAAGGGACUGCCCUCCCAGGGCCCCCCGGAGAGGAGCAAGAACCCCAGGGCCCUUCUGGGGGAGAGGACACAAAAAAGACUGACCUUCCAGAACCCUCUGGAAAGCAGCCAGCCACUGUUCUGCCAGGGAAGCCCAUCAGCCGGGUCCCUCAACUCAAAGCUCGCAUGGUCAGUAAAAGCAAAGAUGGGACUGGACCCGAGGACAAAAAAGCCAAGACAUCCACACCUUCCUCUGCUAAAACCCCGAAACCUAGGCCUUGCCUUAGCCCCAAACGCCCCACUCCUGGUAGCUCAGACCCUUUGAUCAAACCCUCCAGCCCUGCUGUGUGCCCAGAGUCAUCUUCCUCUCCUAAACACGUCUCUUCUGUCACACCCCGAACUGGCAGUUCUGGAGCAAAGGAGAUGAAAGUCAAGGGGGCGGACGGUAAGACUGGAAUGAAGAUCGCCACCCCGCGGGGAGCGGCCCCUCCAGGCCAGAAGGGCCAGGCCAACGCCACCAGGAUCCCAGCGAAAACCACGCCCUCCCCAAAGACCCCUCCAGGUACUGGUGAAUCGGGGAAAUCCGGGGAUCGUAGCGGCUACAGCAGCCCUGGCUCCCCAGGCACUCCCGGCAGCCGCUCCCGCACCCCAUCCCUGCCAACCCCGCCCACCCGGGAGCCCAAGAAGGUGGCUGUGGUCCGCACGCCACCCAAGUCGCCGUCUUCGGCCAAGAGCCGCCUGCAGACCGCCCCCGUCCCCAUGCCAGACCUGAAGAAUGUCAGAUCCAAGAUUGGCUCCACGGAAAACCUGAAACACCAGCCAGGAGGCGGGAAGGUGCAGAUAAUUAAUAAGAAGCUGGAUCUUAGCAACGUCCAGUCCAAGUGUGGCUCAAAGGAUAAUAUCAAACACGUGCCAGGAGGCGGCAGUGUGCAGAUAGUGUACAAGCCAGUGGACCUGAGCAAGGUGACCUCCAAGUGCGGCUCGUUAGGCAACAUCCAUCAUAAGCCAGGAGGCGGCCAGGUGGAAGUCAAGUCGGAGAAGCUGGACUUCAAGGACAGAGUCCAGUCGAAGAUCGGGUCCCUGGACAACAUCACCCACGUCCCUGGCGGAGGGAAUAAAAAGAUCGAAACCCACAAGCUGACCUUCCGCGAGAAUGCCAAAGCCAAGACCGACCACGGGGCGGAGAUCGUGUACAAGUCGCCCGUGGUGUCUGGGGACACAUCUCCGCGGCACCUGAGCAACGUGUCCUCCACGGGCAGCAUCGACAUGGUAGACUCACCCCAGCUCGCCACGCUAGCCGACGAAGUAUCCGCCUCCCUGGCCAAGCAGGGUUUGUGAUCAGGCCCCCGGGGCGGUCAAUAAUCGUGGAGAGAAGAGAGUGUGGAAAAAAAAAGAAUAAUGAUCUGGCCCUUCGCCCUCUGCCCUCCCCCAGCUGCUCCUCACAGACCGGUUAAUCGGUUAAGCACUUAACCUGCUUUUGUCACUCGGCUCUGGCUCGGGACUUCAAAAUCAGUGACGGGAAAAAGAGCAAAUUUCAUCUUUCCAAAUUGAUGGGUGGGCUCAUAAUAAUAAAAUAUUUUUAAAAACA